CCGUGUGUGGUUACCCAGUAGUGGUUUUUUGAGGUCGCGAUGUGUGAUUGUAGAUACGAAACAGUAUCUUAUGCAUAGGUCUCUGAGACACAGGAAUGGCUUUGGUCAAAAGAGUCCUUAAAAGACGUAGUAAAAAGAGAAUUUAAGGUGUUACCAGCAGAGUGAAGCUGUUGGGAGUGCGUUUGACGCCCGAUCUUCCCAAACGCGCGCUUUUGUAUUUUCUUCCGGGCCGGGUUGAACCUCUUCAGCCCCCGUAGGCAGUGGGUGAAAAGUGCCGGUCAAAAUGGAAGUGAAUGCCCCCAAACAGGAGCACCUGCUGGCGUUGAAAGUGAUGCGAUUGACUAAGCCUACUUUAUUCACCAAUAUUCCAGUAACAUGUGAAGAAAAAGACUUACCUGGAGAUCUCUUUAACCAAUUGAUGAGAGAUGAUCCCUCAACUGUAAAUGGUGCAGAAAUUUUAAUGUUAGGAGAAAUGUUGACUUUGCCACAAAAUUUUGGGAACAUAUUUUUGGGAGAGACCUUUUCCAGUUAUAUCAGUGUUCAUAAUGAUAGCAAUCAAGUUGUAAAAGAUACAUUGGUUAAAGCUGAUCUCCAGACAAGUUCUCAGCGUUUAAAUCUCUCAGCCUCCAACACGACAGUGGCUGAACUCAAACCUGAUUGUUGUAUUGAUGAUGUCAUACACCAUGAAGUAAAGGAAAUUGGAACACACAUCUUGGUGUGUGCUGUGAGUUAUACAACUCAGGGUGGAGAAAAAAUGUAUUUUAGAAAAUUCUUCAAAUUUCAGGUUCUCAAACCAUUGGAUGUGAAAACCAAAUUUUACAAUGCAGAGAGUGACCUCAGUUCUGUGACUGAUGAAGUAUUUCUCGAAGCCCAAAUUCAGAAUAUUACAACCUCACCCAUGUUUAUGGAGAAAGUUUCAUUGGAGCCAUCUAUAAUGUACAAUGUAACAGAAUUAAAUUCUGUCAGCCAAGCUGGAGAAUGUGUAUCUACGUUUGGGUCAAGAGCAUAUUUGCAGCCAAUGGAUACACGUCAAUACUUGUACUGCCUAAAGCCCAAGAAGGAAUUUGCAGAAAAAGCCGGCAUCAUUAAGGGAGUAACAGUAAUUGGAAAAUUGGAUAUAGUAUGGAAAACAAAUCUAGGUGAAAGGGGAAGGUUACAGACCAGCCAACUUCAAAGAAUGGCUCCAGGUUACGGAGAUGUUAGGUUGUCUUUGGAGGCAAUCCCAGAUACCGUAAACCUAGAAGAACCCUUUCAUAUUACCUGUAAAAUAACAAACUGCAGCAGUGAAAGGACUAUGGAUCUGGUUUUGGAAAUGUGCAAUACCAAUUCUAUCCACUGGUGUGGUAUUUCAGGCAGACAGCUUGGAAAGCUGCAUCCAAGUUCUUCUCUCUGCCUUGCCCUUACUCUACUGUCUUCAGUACAAGGACUGCAAAGCGUCUCCGGCUUAAGACUAACAGACACAUUCUUAAAGAGAACAUAUGAAUAUGAUGACAUCGCACAAGUCUGUGUGGUAUCUUCGGCCAUUAAAGUGGAAAGCUGAAGAAAAUUUCCAGUGUUAUGCUUUUCCUUUAGUUUCAUAAAACUGCUUUCUGUACUUCUGUUACCUUUGUAAAAUGAACAGCAAA